AUGAAUCCGUUUCAGCUCCAAGAAAGUGAUCCACCACCAAAACCAGUCGAAGGGUUGCACGAAAUCGGACCGCCACCGUUUCUAAUCAAGACAUUCGAGAUUGUGGAUGAUCCAAACACAGACCACAUCGUAUCUUGGAACAGAGGAGGCACUAGUUUUGUCGUCUGGGAUUUGCAUUCUUUCUCAACGUUUCUUCUCCCUCGACACUUUAAACACAGCAAUUUCUCGAGUUUCAUCAGACAACUCAACACUUAUGGUUUCAGGAAGAUAGAAGCAGAUAGGUGGGAAUUUGCAAACGAUGGGUUCUUGUUAGGACAGAGACAGUUAUUAAAGAGCAUCAAGAGACGAGCUUCCUUCAAUUCAUCGUCUCCAUCCACCAAUGAUCCUUGCACCGAGCUUCGCAGGGAGAAGCAGUUGUUAACUAUGGAGCUGCUGUGUUUGAGACAACAGCAACAAACGACAAAAAGCUACAUCAAAGCCAUGGAACAGAGGCUUGAAGGAGCAGAGAGGAAACAGAGACAGAUGAUGUCUUUCUUGGCUAGAGCAAUGCAGAGCCCUUCGUUUCUGCAUCAGCUGCUGAAGCAGAGAGAUAAGAGGCUUAAGGAGAUUGAGGAUGAUGCGGCAGAGAGGGAAAGAGGUUCGUCGAUGUCGGAGUUGGAAGCUCUUGCUUUGGAGAUGCAAGGGUAUGGGAAACAGAGGAAUGUGAAGGAAGAAGAGGUUAUGGUGGUGGUGGAGAGAGAGUUGGAUGAUGGUUUUUGGGAGGAGUUGCUUAGACCAUCCACAAUGAUACAAUAA